GCCCCGGGGAUUACCACCCCGUCAACAUCGGUAAUCGGUUUCAUAGCCGAUGUCGCGUUGUCGACUGGGCCACGGCUCCUACUCGACCACCUGGCUAGCGCGCGAUGAGCAGUUAGAAAGAUAUGUUGCAGUCAAAUCCUGCAUUGAAGAUUCAAAUCUACGAGAAACUGGCAUUAUAUCCGCACUUAAUGGUUCCUAUCGUCCCGGGGCGGCAAUGAUCCGUUCAAUGUUGGACAAGUUCAGCAUUCAAGAUCCAAAUGGCAAUCAUGAUUGCUACGUGAGCCUUCCCGCAAGGGAAGUCUCUGUCUGAAGGAUGGCUCGUGGAUCCGCCAUUUCCAGCUUAACGUCACCCGAGCAUUAGCG